CAGAGGUGGCGUCAACAUGUUGCUCCAUACGGCUGUGUUCACCGCGUUACUCGUGGCUGUCAGCGGGAAAGUUUUUUAUGGCGACGGUCUGCCGGGCGAGGAAUGCGAGAUGGGCGGGGGCGUGAAGGGCUACUGCGAGGAGGUGGGGGCGUGUCUCCGUGACGGGGGCGUGGCUAAGAGAGAAGGCGUGCUCCAGCUGUGCAGGGGCGUGCGUAGGGAAGUGUAUGUCUGCUGUAGAAAACCGGUGGAAAUCGCCAAGGAGCUUUGCGAGUCGUGGGCGGACCUGUGGCGGCAAGAAGAUGGGCGGUGCGUGACCGAGAAACCGCUCAUCGUGGGCGGGGAAGACGCCCACCCUGGGGAAUUCCCGCAUACGGCUAUACUUGGACGGAAGUGGGGCAACGAACCUGUUGUAUACGAAUGUGGGGGAACACUCAUAUCACCACAUUACGUCCUCACCGCCGCCCACUGCCUCUUUGGAUACAGCGAAGGCGUCACGUACUGGGUGAAGCUUGGAGAGCACGACCGCCACUACAACGCCUCCCAACGCAUCCCGCGGCUGAAGGGGACACGCCCUCCCUCCCUCUACCGGGCGGGGCCGCUGGAGGAGGAGGUGGAGGGCGAGGGCGCGGAGGAUGAGACGGCGCCGGUGGAACAGGAGAUUGAGGUGGAAUUCGACUUCAUCCACCCGCAUUAUCCAAGGAGGUUCAAUUAUCACGACAUCGCUCUCGCCAAGCUCAAGAAGCCGGCGGUGCUCACGAAACGGGUGCUACCGGCCUGUCUGCCCACCAACCCCAAAGAAGACUAUCGUGGGAGGAGCUUGACUGUGGUGGGCUGGGGACACACUGAAGGGAUGACUGAGAUGUCUCGUAUCCUGAAGAAGGCGUCAGUGCCGGUGGUGGAUCGUCUCACCUGCUCCUUCAAGGUCGUCAGCCCCUACACCAUCCCCUUCGGCAUCACGCAGGACAUGCUCUGCGCCGGAACGGAAGGGCGUGACUCGUGCCAGGGCGACAGCGGAGGACCUCUGGUGGACAGAGAAGAACGCAACGGCAGCCUAUGCGAGUAUACCGUGGUGGGCGUGGUGAGUUUCGGCAUCGGAGCGAAUUCCCCCUGUGGUCUCCUGGGCGUGUACACGAGGGUCUCUUCUUACCUGGACUGGAUCACGGGUUAUAUAGCCCCCAACAGCCCCCAGAAGAAGGAAGUGCGUGCGAGGUCACCUGGCGGAAGUGUGGCAAGCCGAAGAGCGCAGGACGGGGACUUCGAUCAGCCAUCGACGGUGGGACAAGACGCAGCUAAUCUCGAUGACCCUGAUGGUACUGGCACUCUUACUUUUACGGGGGAGUUUGGCAUUAUGGAUCUACUUCAGAGGUCGGGUUCCAGGAACUCCCAUCUCACUGCUGAUGCUGUUAGGGAUAAUAACGAGCAACCGAAUCGAGGCGAAAAUGCAAAUACGACAGCAGACGAAGCAGCGAACACCGAUAUUAUACUUUUCUUCGACUAAAAGGCCUAAGUCCAUUGGCACUCGAAAUGGGCUAUUCUUCACGACAGCUGUGGGCAGUGAAGUACUUUUUACGGUCCAUAUUCCAGUGCUUGUCUGUAGGUGAGACUGAAGUUCCAUCUGCAACAGAAAAAUCAACUGACGGCAGCAUAUUACUAUAUCUUCGGUUUAUGGAGAAGAAAUAAGCAGUAUAUGGAACGUAAUGAUGCUAGUUCCUUGAGUUAUAUCAUGUUGAUAUUAUUACUAGAUUCAUAACCUUUAAUAAUAAAACAUUAUAUGCCUUAUAUCCUUUCUACAUUUCUAAUAAUAAACAUAUUGAUAUGUACCUGUUCAUGUUGAUGCAGGCUCUGUAUUUAUUUUCCACAAUAAAGUAAAUUCCUAUUA